AGUGACGUGGCCCUCACGUGAGCUGGAGCCGACGCAUGCAGACGUCCUACUAAUCCCGGUCUCCGUUUGGUCCGGUUGCCAUCUCCCUAUUACCUCGAGGGCGCGCGGGCCUGCGGCCAGGAGAAGAGAAGGAGGAGGGAACUGCUCUGAUCUCGGCAGGUCUGUUCGUGGAUGGGCGCUUGCCUGGGGGAUCCCUGCGGUGCGGGAGCGGAAGGCGGAGACUGCAGAGGGACAAGGCCCGCUUUCUCCACACCCUUGCACUAUCCCGGGCCCUUCCAAGAACAAAAAUGAAGAUUUGGGGGCCAGAAUCCAGGGGAGACCCCAGCCAGGAGGAGGGGAAACUUGAAACCUUUGGCAUCCAGGGCCUGGAAUCGGGAAGGGCCGAUGUUAAGAUUCUUGUCCUGUGUGUUGGUCCAUCUAGCAAGCCAGAAUCGUGGGGCUGUGCGUCUGUCUUGUCAUUCCCCGUGUCUUUCAGUAGGGCGCUGUACCACUCGGAGCAAAGGAAUAAAGAAUCUGCCCCAGGUCCGCGUAAAGCCAUCCGUCUCUGCUGUGUCGCCUGUCUGUGUCUGUGGGAUCUUGCGCCUGACAGCCAACCCAACCCUAGGAGCGGGAAGAAGAGGAAAAUUGUCCAGAAACAAGUCCUGCAGUAUCUGCAGCUGCAGCAGAGACUGCCAGCUGUAGCUGAGGACUCCACCCCCUACGUGGGAGCACUUCUCUGGGCCAGAGCAAGCCCUUCAGACACUCACCCUAGCAUGGGCCGCACUCGGGAAGCUGGCUGCGUAGCUGCUGGUGUGGUGAUUGGGGCUGGUGCCUGCUACUGCGUCUACAAACUGACCUGGGGAAGAGAUGAGAGUGAGAAAAUCUGGGAGGACGACAAUGAUGAUGAUGAGGAGGAACCUAGUGAUAUGGCAGAGACUGGGAAAGGAUCUAAGGCUAAUUCUGGGGCGGGGGCUGGAGCUAGACUUCAGGGUGACUCAAAGGCCAGAGCUGAGGUGGCCGUGGAACUCAAGAGUGGAUCCGAUAUAAAGGCAGAGGCCCACUUGAAGGCCCAGAGUGGAGGUGGCCUAGAGGCCAAGGCCAAGGCCCUUUUCAGCACCUUGAAGGAACAGGCAAGUGCAAAGGCGGGCAAAGGGGCCAGGUUGGGUACCAUCUCUGGGACCAGGACCCUUGCACCUGGUUUACCCUGUCCAGGAGUGAGGGGUGGAGGCUGCCACCCAGCGAGGAAUGGAGCUAGGGUUGGGGGCAGGGCCAGUGGCAAGUCUAAAGGAAGGACCCGAGGUAAGAGCACAAGGACUCCAGCUACAUCAUGGCCUGUUCGAAGGGGCAAGUUCAACUUUCCCUAUAAAAUUGAUGAUAUUCUGGGUGCUCCUGACCUUCAAAAGGUCCUUAACAUCCUAGAAAGAUCAAAUGAUCCUUUCACUCAAGAAGUAGCCUUGGUCACUCUGGGUAACAAUGCAGCAUAUUCAUUUAACCAAAAUGCCAUUCGUGAAUUGGGUGGUCUCCCAAUAAUCGCAAAGCUGAUAAAAACGAAAGAUCCCAUUAUUAGGGAAAAGGCGUACAAUGCCCUUAAUAACUUGAGUGUGAAUGCAGAGAAUCAGGGCAAGAUUAAGACAUAUAUCAGUCAAGUGUGUGACGACACUAUGAUCUGUCGUUUGGACUCAGCUGUGCAGAUGGCUGGACUAAGACUGUUAACCAACAUGACUGUGACUAAUCAUUACCAACAUUUGCUUUCCUAUUCUUUUCCAGACUUUUUUGCUUUGUUAUUCCUGGGAAAUUACUUCACCAAGAUUCAGAUUAUGAAACUAAUCAUAAACUUUACUGAAAAUCCAGCCAUGACAAGAGAGCUGGUCAGUUGUAAAGUACCAUCAGAAUUGAUUUCCCUCUUUAAUAAAGAAUGGGACAGAGAGAUUCUUCUUAAUAUCCUUACCCUAUUUGAGAAUAUAAAUGACAACAUAAAAAAUGAAGGGCUUGCCUCAUCCAGGAAAGAAUUCAGCAGAAGUUCACUUUUUUUCUUAUUCAAAGAAUCUGGAGUGUGCAUUAAGAAAAUCAAAGCAUUAGCAAAUCACAGUGAUCUGGUUGUGAAAGUAAAAGUCCUGAAAGUAUUGACCAAACUCUAAUUGGGGGUCUGUCCCAAACAACAUUGAGGUAAUUUUUUUUUUUUUUAGUUUGCCCUUGGGAACAAUGCUUUUUGUAAAUUCUUUGCUUUUCACUGUGCUUAUGUGGCCAGGAGAUCUUUUCAGCUGCUCUUUUGGGAUAAUCAAUAUCACAUAUCAUCAACAGCAGUGCUGGUUGUGAUGUUUGGUUUUAGGCUGGACCAUCUUAAGGAUAUCAAGUAAAUACUAGAGCUUGUACAAAGAAAGCAUUUAUUGAUUCCAUCUUGCUACCUAGAUUGAGGCAUUUUUACUCUUAAACUGACAGCAAACUAAUCAAGGAUAAGCUACACUUUUUUGUAAAGGUUUACAUUUGUUAUUCUUAGACUGGUGUUUCAUCAAUAAAGUUGUGUGUUUUAACCAGCAAAAA